CUUCUGUCUCAUUUUGCCCUAAAUUUUCUCAUCAUGUCCAACGAAUGAUUCUCACAACAGCGAUUCUUCAACUCAGCUAUAAAAGCUUCGUUUUUUGCACUAGGGUCUGCUCCAAUUCGGGGAAUAAAGGUGAUUCUUCAGCUUAUCUAGUCGAAUCAUUCAGGGUGGGUUGGUGGGUGGUUGGAUUGAAUCAUCAUCGUCUUCUUCCUUCAAAUCAUAGUAUAUUUUCCAUGCCGGAGAGCUAGCAGUUAGUUAAUGGGCAUGAGGAAAGCUGUUAAUGGUCAUUCCGCAAGGAUAUUCAGUGAUAGGAAAUGGAUUCUUCCAUUUUUCGCCAGUAUUCUCAUUUCAAUUACUCUGUUUACUGCUGUUCUUCAUGGGUUGUAUUCGUCUUCUUAUUAUAUUGGGGAUGAUCAACUUCACUAUGAUCUCAUUAAUCCAGAUUCAGGAUUCCAUGAAUCUAGCUCUAGUGGGUACUUUGUGGAAUCAGAUAUUUGGAAAUCUUUUAACUCUUCUUCUUCUGAUUCGAAAGAUGUUGCUCCUAGAUUUGCUUAUCUGAUAUCAGGGACAAAAGGUGAUAGUCAGAGAAUGAUGAGAACUUUGCAGGCUGUUUAUCAUCCGAGAAAUCAAUAUGUUCUGCACAUGGAUCUUGAAGCUCCAGCUCGUGAAAGAUUGAAUCUGACUAUGUUGGUGAAGAAUGAUCCUACUUUUCGUGAGGUUGAGAAUGUUAGAGUUAUGGCACAGUCUAAUUUGGUGACUUAUAAAGGUCCAACAAUGGUGGCUUGUACUUUGCAAGCAAUUGCAAUUUUGUUGAAGGAGAGUUCGGAUUGGGAUUGGUUCAUAAACCUUAGUGCUUCAGAUUAUCCUCUUGUUACUCAAGAUGAUCUUCUUUAUGUUUUCUCCAACUUAUCCAGAAACCUGAAUUUCAUAGAACAUGAAUAUAUCCGCGGAUGGAAAUUGACACAACGAGCUAAACCGAUCAUGGUUGACCCGGGUCUAUAUUUAUCGAAAAAAUCUAACCUUGCACUAACUACUCAACGUCGUUCUCUACCCACUUCCUUCAAGUUAUUUACGGGUUCGGCUUGGGUGAUGCUAACUCGAUCGUUUGUCGAAUACUGUAUUUUGGGAUGGGACAAUCUUCCGAGAACAAUCCUAAUGUAUUACGCAAACUUCAUUUCCUCUCCCGAGGGUUAUUUUCACACGGUUAUCUGCAAUAAUGACGAAUUCAAGAAAACCGCGAUCAGCCAUGAUCUACACUACAUUGCUUGGGACAAUCCUCCAAAACAACAUCCACUUUCUUUAACCAUGAAAGAGUUUGAUAAAAUGGUGAACAGCAGUGCCCCAUUUGCUCGUAAGUUUCCUAAGAAUGAUCCUGUUCUCGAUAAGAUUGAUAAAGAGCUUUUAGGUCGUAAGGAUAGGUUUUCAAAUGGAGCUUGGUGUAUCGGAAAUGGAGAAGGUGGAUUGGAUCCUUGUUCCGAAAGAGGCGAUGAUUCUGUGUUUAGGCCUGGAUUGGGCGCGGAAAGAUUACAAAAGUUGAUGAAUCAGUUGUUAUCUGAUGAUUUUAAUAAAUUGCAGUGCCAGACUCCAACGUAAAAUUGUUGGGUUUUUUUGUUUGAGAUGAUGAUUGUUCUUGUUUGUCAUAGAUUGAAAUGUUCUAAUGGUGAGUUUUGGGGGGUAGUAUAGGAUUUAUAUUGAAGUUUUCUAGGUAGCUAAUACUUCUGUGUAUAUUUUGAUGUAAUGAUAGAUUAAGAUGUUCAUAUACAUACACAUUUCUUCUUCAUCUUCUUUAUAUAAAAGUUUCAUAUUUGAGCUUA